GAUCGAUGCUCAUGAUGUCAAUCACUGGAUUGUCUGGCUCAAAUAUUGCUGAGUGUGGCGUUCAACAACAAACAAACAAAUAGGAAGUCCUCAUCAUCUCCCUAAUGUUAAAUGUUAAAAUGUUAUUGGGUGCCUGGAUUUACAUGCUAUGUCAGAAAUUCUAAAGGAAGCCAUAUUAAUUUCCAACUCGACUGACAAUAUGUGCAUGUAUUAUCAAACAUUUAGUAGUAUUAAAUGUUUUGGUUGGGCCUCAAGUCAUUUGCUGUGGAAGUAUGUGAUGCUUCUUUACCAUAUCACAAUAGCCGGUAUUAGAUUUUCAAUGACAUCACGAAACAUGUUGUAUUGUCUAAGAGAGCUAUUCACGAGCAGCUCAAAUGUUGGAUAAAAUCUUAAUUUUUAAAUACGAGGCAAAGGAAGUUAGGGGUGAUUAAUAUUUUGAUGAAAUUGUGUGCUCAGCCUCCACUACAAAAGUAUUUUCCAAAAUAUAUUCAUGAUCCCUUACUUUUUUUGUUCCGUAAAGUUUGGAGGUUGGAUUGUUAACACAUCUGCAAGUUUUCCAUCUGACAAAAUCAACUUUUCAGGAUGUUUUGAGUCACUAAUAACAGCUUGACUUUGAAUGAUCAUAUAUUUACCCUGAUAAUGAACUUUAAUCCCAUGCAAGCCCCUUUAGACACCAAGCAAGCUGUGCCCAUCCAAUCCCCUUCAGACACCCAUGCAGCUGUGUCCAUCCAAUCCCCUUCAGACACCCAUUCAGCUGUGUCCACCAGAUCCCCAUUAAACAUCCAUGCAGCUGUGCCCAUCCACUCCCCAUUAAACACCCAUGCAGCUGUGCCCAUCCACUCCCCAUUAAACACCCAUUCAGCUGUGUCCACCAGAUCCCCAUUAAACACCCAUGCAGCUGUGCCCAUCCACUCCCCAUUAAACACCCAUGCAGCUGUGUCCAUCCACUCCCCAUUAAACAUCCAUGCAGCUGUGCCCAUCCACUCCCCAUUAAACACCCAUGCAGCUGUGCCCAUCCACUCCCCAUUAAACAUCCAUGCAGCUGUGCCCAUCCACUCCCCAUUAAACAUCCAUGCAGCUGUGUCCAUCCAAUCCCUAUUAAACACCCAUACAGCUGUGCCCAUCCACUCCCCAUUAAACACCCAUGCAGCUGUGCCCAUCCACUCCCCAUUAAACACCCAUGCAGCUGUGUCCAUCCACUCCCCAUUAAACACCCAUACAGCUGUGCCCAUCCACUCCCCAUUAAACACCCAUGCAGCUGUGCCCAUCCACUCCCCAUUAAACACCCAUGCAGCUGUGUCCAUCCACUCCCCAUUAAACACCCAUGCAGCUGUGUCCACCAGAUCCCCAUUAAACAUCCAUGCAGCUGUGUCCAUCCACUCCCCAUUAAACAUCCAUGCAGCUGUGCCCAUCCACUCCCCAUUAAACACCCAUGCAGCUGUGUCCACCAGAUCCCCAUUAAACACCCAUACAGCUGUGCCCAUCCACUCCCUAUUAAACAUCCAUGCAGCUGUGCCCAUCCACUCCCCAUUAAACACCCAUGCAGCUGUGUCCACCAGAUCCCCAUUAAACAUCCAUGCAGCUGUGCCCAUCCACUCCCCAUUAAACACCCAUGCAGCUGUGUCCAUCCACUCCCCAUUAAACAUCCAUGCAGCUGUGCCCAUCCACUCCCCAUUAAACACCCAUGCAGCUGUGCCCAUCCACUCCCCAUUAAACACCCAUGCAGCUGUGUCCAUCCACUCCCCAUUAAACACCCAUGCAGCUGUGUCCACCAGAUCCCCAUUAAACAUCCAUGCAGCUGUGCCCAUCCACUCCCCAUUAAACACCCAUGCAGCUGUGCCCAUCCAAUCCCCUUCAGACACCCAUGCAGCUGUGUCCAUCCACUCCCCAUUAAACACCCAUGCAGCUGUGUCCACCAGAUCCCCAUUAAACAUCCAUGCAGCUGUGCCCAUCCACUCCCCAUUAAACACCCAUGCAGCUGUGUCCAUCCACUCCCCAUUAAACAUCCAUGCAGCUGUGCCCAUCCACUCCCCAUUAAACACCCAUGCAGCUGUGCCCAUCCACUCCCCAUUAAACACCCAUGCAGCUGUGUCCAUCCACUCCCCAUUAAACACCCAUGCAGCUGUGCCCAUCCACUCUCCAUUACACACCCAUGCAGCUGUGUCAAUCCAAUCCCUAUUAAACACCCAUGCAGCUGUGCCCAUCCACUCCCCUUUAAACCUCCAUGCAGCUGUGCCCAUCCACUCCCUAUUAAACACCCAUGCAGCUGUGUCCAUCAAAUCCCUAUUAAACACCCAUACAGCUGUGCCCAUCCACUUCCUUAUUAAACACCCAUACAGCUGUGCCCAUCCAAUCCCCUUUAAACACCCAUGCAGCUGUGUCCAUCAAAUCCCUAUUAAACACCCAUACAGCUGUGCCCAUCCACUCCCUAUUAAACACCCAUGCAGCUGUCUCCACCCAAUCCCCUUUAAACACCCAUGCAGCUGUGUCCAUCCAAUCCCCAUUAAACACCCAUGCAGCUGUGUCCAUCAAAUCCCUAUUAAACACCCAUACAGCUGUGCCCAUCCACUCCCUAUUAAACACCCAUGCAGCUGUGCCCAUCCACUCCCCAUUAAACACCCAUGCAGCUGUGUCCACCAGAUCCCCAUUAAACACCCAUGCAGCUGUGUCCACCAGAUACCCAUUAAACACCCAUGCAGCUGUGCCCAUCCACUCCCUAUUAAACACCCACGCAGCUGUGUCCAUCCACUCCCCAUUAAACAUCCAUGCAGCUGUGCCCAUCCACUCCCCAUUAAACACCCAUGCAGCUGUGUCCACCAGAUCCCCAUUAAACACCCAUGCAGCUGUGUCCACCAGAUACCCAUUAAACACCCAUGCAGCUGUGUCAAUCCAAUCCCUAUUAAACACCCAUGCAGCUGUGCCCAUCCACUCCCUAUUAAACACCCACGCAGCUGUGUCCACCCAAUCCCCAUUAAACACCUCCAAAGAUAUUGUAGUUGAAAUAUUCCUCCUUGAAUAUACACAGGGGACUGUUUAUCCCGAACUUGUGUACAUGGUUAUUUAUUUAUUGAUCACUGUGGUUGUUAUUUGUUCUUCUGUUACCAUGGUUACGUUUAUAUACAGUUGUCUUGUUCUGUUGUGAUUUGGUCCACUGGAUGCCAAUGUUACCACCAUCAGUUGGAAUGUUGUGUCACAGAAACACAAGAUAAAUGUUCGUCAUAUUCUGUCAACUCCUAAACAUGCUACAUGAUGAUUUUGCAUGCCCAAAAUGCCCCAAAUGUGUGUAUACAUCAGAUCCUUGUGUUUAUUUGGUUAACAGAUGUUUUUUUCUCAAAACCUUUGGCUAGCUGUCGAUUUAUUAAUAAGGUUAGACCUUUAAACACUAAACCCCCCCCCCCACCCACCCCCAUCCUCCUCUGGAUCCGGCUGUUUUUCAUGUUAGUACCUUGAGGACUGUAGUAUUAGGUACACAAUCAGGGGUAACACAUCAACCAUUGCAUGUGGAAGCUCACUAGAUCCUCUCAUAUGUGGGCAUACUGCAGGUUGUAAAACCUCUUAAGUAAGUGAUGCAAUAGAAGCUGCCAUUGGUUCAGGGUGCCCAAGUGGUCCUGGAGGCUGACAGUUGUACAGAGUUGUCUCCCUUACAUGAGCAUGAUGUACAGGGCAUUAUGGGCAUUACGGGUUGGUUGCUCCAGUCAAACUGUAGAACCAAGAGAAGGUAGUUCCCAUAUUUAUGUCAGUUAUUUUAGAAUUGAUAUUGACAGUUUGCUUUUUUGUCCUACACGUUCAUAUUUACAUUUUUUUCUGUUUAUUGUAUGAAGUUCCACAAAAACAGGAUUAUACUUUUAUGAUGUAAAUAAAUCAUCAAUUUAUGAGUAAAAAAUAUUAUUGUUUUUGAGAGUGUUGAUGAACAAUAUAGAGAUAAUUUAGAAUACUUCAAAUAAAAUGAGGCCAUUAAGGGCCUGCUCAUUUAUUAUAAGGGUGGGCCAGUGGGGUUUGCUGACAACACAUGAAUUAUGUGUUACAAUGGAGUGUAUUAUGGGUGACACCUUUGAAACAGUAUUAUUGGUUUUGUUUAAACUAACAUUCUGAUUAAAAUGGCAUUUUUUCAGUACAGAAUUGUUACUUUGAAUAUGAUGAUAAAAUUAAAAGUAGCAAUAACUGGUAUUACUGUCUCAUUCUGUCUGUCAUAUCUUGUGUUGUGUGUUCCUAAUUUAUAGAUCUUUAUAGCAUUGAUGAAUAUAAAAAUUAUACGGAAGAAGUAUUUUUUUCUCUCUUGUCAUGAUUAGUUACAUUGAAAUGAAAUUAACAUGAUUGAAAAGCACAGUGACACAUGAUGAAACCCUGUAAUCUAUGCAGUACCCAUCCUCGAUGAUCCAGGGUAUUAUUCUAUUGUCAUAUGUACCUUGGACCCAUUCGCCACCAUAGCUUCGUUUGUGUCUGGCUCCAGUGAUACUCUAAAAAUAACUGUCAAGUGAAAUUACACUGUUCGUUCAUGAGGAAAAACUGCAACAUCACUGGUCUAUAACUCGCCAUGAUGCAUGAUGUUUCUAACACAACUGGGAAUGCUUUGCAGUAGAAGGACCUAAUACUUAUGAAGAUGGGCGAUGAGGUAGCUGACUGGUUACAUCGUUCACUUGUCAUGCUAAAGGCCUGGGUUUGAUUCCCCACUUGGUACAAUGUAUGACGCCCAUUUUCGGUGUCCCCCACCGAGAUAAUGCGGGAAUAUUUGUAACACUACAUAAAACUCACUCAAUCACUCAUGAAUAUAUGAAAACAACUUUUCUAGCAAAAGAAUAUUUAAAAAGAAUGUUGCCUGAUUUGAUUAUAUAUGCCAAGGGAUUGCUUAUGCAUGGCUGCAAUUUUUAAUGUUGUGUGCUGAACUUUUGUAGUCUUGGUGACGUUAUUUCCGAAAUGAAGUUAUGGCGGUGAAUGGGUCAAGGGUACUUAACAUGACAAUGGAGAUAUAAUACAUUGGAUGAUCCAGGAACCAUCCCCAGUAAAAUAUACCAAUAUUACCACAUUAUGGGUGAAUGGAACAUGUCCCUUUGAUCUUGUUAAUUGUAUGGAGGCAGUGUUUUGAAACUAUCAUGUUCAUGUAUGAAAGGGAUUUAAGUAUUCUAAACAAUCUUGCAAUAAGAUACUGGUGUAUGAACCAUGGAAAGACAUGGAUAGGUAGUCAGGAUGAUGGUUACUGACUGAAUGAAGUGGGUUUACUCCGCUUUUAGCAAUAUCACAGCAAUAUUACGUUGAGGAUACCAGGGCUUCAUGCAUUGUAUCCAUGAGGGAAAUGAAACCCUGCUCUUUGGUGAGACGAUCUAACAGUUUAACCUCUUGGCCACCCAAACGCUGCAGAUCUGACAAGUUAUGAUGGGAUCAAUUUGAAGUUGGGACAAGUUGCUUAUAUUGAAGCUAGAUUUAGAUGUUAGGCAGGGCAGGGUUUAGCUAGCUUGAUCACAUGUCAAAUUAUUUCAUGACACUUGGUCCUUUGUCUCCCAGGGGCACGGGUUGCCCAGUCAUCUAAGGCACCACGAUUCACUUUGCAGAGUUGUGUCCCUUGGGCACGCCAGAAACCUAUGAUUGUGGGUUCGAAUCCCGGUUUGUCCCAAUUAUAGGU